GAUUGUGACAUCACGUAACGCGUUUCGUGUCGCUAGUGCGUAAGAAUAAUCUUACGAGAAGAGUAUUGAUUGUUGCCGAUUUUUUUUAUUCAGCCUAGUUAAAAAUUAUGGCAGAACAAGAAAACCUUCUUUACAGACUUAUGAAUUCUGUAAUUUAUGUGCUGGAUGCGCCAGUCACCUAUGUACGAGAAAAAUUAGUAGUACCGAAUCAAAAGAAAUAUCCAUGGUAUCAUCAACAAUACCGUCGUGUGCCGACGAUCGAUGAGUGUUACAUGGAUGACAUGGUCUGUUAUACCGAGGCAGAUUGUCAAUUUAAACGCGAUAAAGAAGUAGAAGAUCAAAUUUUGUUUAUUCUAAGAAGUCGGUAUGAACAGUGUGCCGUCUAUCACGGCGAAGAUGUACAUUUAUGCGAUCCUAUAAGGAAAACUUAUGAUGACGCGGCUGUUGCUUGGUUCAUAAAAUACGGUGAAAUGGGAGUAGGUUUAAACGCAAAAAAUGCAUACAUGAAGCAGAAACAUCGUAUGAUCUGGGAGCGCCGUCACGGACCAGUAGGUACCGGCAUGAAACAACAACCAAACAAUGCGUAGCAUACUUGAACCGGCAUUGUAGCUGAUUAUAUAAAUUUAAUGGCAAACGCAUUCGUACAUUAUGGAUCUGAAUUGCAUGUUUGCUUAAUAUGUACAGAUGUGUUGUGAUUUAAAGACGACGGGAUAAUAAAAAUAAUUUAUCAGAA